AUGCCUCCUCGCCGCUCUACUCGUCAGUCGGUGUCCGCCACUCCGAAGGUGGAUGAGGUGAUUGUCAUCUCAUCUGAAGAUGAGAAGGUGGUAGUCGCAACACCAGAGUCUCCCGUCCUCAUCUCGUCUAUCCAACGCAGGGCUGCAAGCUCACGUGCUGCUUCAGCCAUCAGCUCUUUAGGUACCGCACCAUCUUCGCGCACCAACUCCACUUAUGCUUCUGGCAGCCACACUCCUGACACCUCGACCGCAGGCGAUGAUGACAAACAGGACGGUACCAAGAAUGACACCGCACCCGACGAGUCUAAGCCUGGUUCACGCACCUCUACUCUCCGUGCUCGUCGGACAAGUAGAUCUGCUUCUAUCAAGACGCAAACCAAGACCAAUACAUCACCUGCUCCCAUAACUCCUGCAAGUGACUCACGAAAGCGCAGAGCUCCAAGGGCGUCGGCUCCAACUCCUUCCAAAACUCGCAAGGUAGAUGUCGACGAUAAGUCUCUACUCAAACGAGCAUCGGCGCGGGUUCAGGCUGCGUCCAAUAUGGUAACAAAAGGUUGGAGUAAAGAAGAUCAAGAUGAGGGCCUUCUCGUCACCGAGCCAGGACCAUCAACUCCAUCUUCAGCACUUGACAGAGUAGAAGCCGGCGGCAGCACCUCUCGAAGCAAGGGCAAGAAGAAAGCCAAAGCCAAGGCCGAACCUAGACCGGAAUCCAUCAUCGCAGAGGAGAGCGUUGAUGACUUUGCAACUUCCCGUUCCCGUCGUCCGCCUCGCCGUAGCGCGGCCCUAGCCGUCAAAGCGUCCAAGUCAUUUUUUGACAGUUACGCAGAUGACCAGCUGUAUCUCGACGAGGAGGCAGAAAGUGAAGGCAAGUACAAUGAGGACCGUUCCUCCUUCAACAGUCUCAGCAGCGACGAUGAGCCCCUGUGUUCUAAGAAAAAGUGGCCUGUUGAGACGGGAAGAAAUUUCGCCACUGCUGAGGCUGGCCCGAGCAACUUGGCUACUCUUGAGAAGAGCGACUUUAACGCGGAUACCGCCACAACGGACGACGACGCAGAUUUCCAUCCUCGCACCGGCAACAACUUUUACGCCGAAGAGGUAGAGUACGAGACAGCCAAACAGCGCAGUGCUCGCUUGCGCAGCGAAAAGCACCAGGCACGUCUCAAGAAGAGGGAUGCUCGUACGCAGUACGACAAAAACUUUGUCGCACUCGUAAAGCACCAUCGUCAGCUCGAAAAUGUGUGGAAGGACCUGGAAAGGACUGUCGCUGUUAUCACGCCCGAAGAAGCCGAGCAGCCUCCCGGCCUCAACAUCAAGCUACUUCCAUUCCAGCGCGAAGGUCUGAACUGGAUGACGCGACAGGAGCAGGCCACCUGGAAGGGAGGCAUGCUUGCCGACGAGAUGGGCAUGGGAAAGACCAUCCAGAUGAUCAGCCUCAUGCUCUCGGACCGCAAGAAGCCGUGUCUCGUCGUCGCGCCUACGGUCGCCAUCAUGCAGUGGCGCAACGAGAUCGAGCAGUAUACCGAGCCCAAGCUCAAGGUGCUCAUGUGGCACGGUGCCAACCGCACGCAAGACUUGAAGGAGCUCAAAGCGGCCGACGUCGUCCUUACCAGCUACGCUGUGCUCGAGAGCAGCUUUCGCAAGCAAGAAUCGGGUUUCCGUCGCAAGAACGAGAUUCUCAAGGAAAGGUCGGCGCUGCAUGCCGUCCACUGGCGCCGCAUCAUACUUGACGAGGCGCACAACAUCAAGGAACGCUCCACCAACACAGCUAAAGGCGCGUUUGCAUUGCAGGGCGACUUCCGAUGGUGUCUCAGCGGUACUCCGCUGCAAAAUCGUGUCGGCGAGCUGUACUCGAUGAUCCGCUUUCUUGGCGGCGAUCCGUUUGCCUAUUACUUUUGCAAAAAGUGCACUUGCAAAUCGUUGCACUGGUCGUUCAGCGAUAAGCGAAGCUGUGACUCGUGCGGUCAUACGCCCAUGCACCAUACGUGCUUCUGGAACAACGAGAUCCUCAAGCCCAUCCAACGCAGUGGUGCUCAGCAUGGUGAGGGUCGUGACGCCUUCCAACGGUUGCGCAUUUUGCUCGAGCGAAUGAUGCUCAGACGAACCAAGCUGGAGCGUGCCGAUGACAUGGGUUUGCCUCCACGCACUAUCGAGGUGCGACGCGACCUUUUCAACGAAGAAGAAGAAGACCUCUACACGUCGUUGUACACGGACACGACACGCAAGUUUAGCACCUACCUUGACCAGGGCACCGUCCUCAACAAUUACUCCAACAUUUUCACGCUGCUGACGCGCAUGAGGCAGCUGGCCAACCACCCGGAUCUGGUGCUGCGAUCCAAGACAGGACUUGCCUCGAAGCUAUUGGGCGAGGACCAGAGCGAGAUCCACGUCUGCCGAAUAUGCACCGAUGAGGCCGAGGAUGCCAUCAUGUCGCGAUGCAAGCAUAUCUUCUGUCGCGAGUGUGUGCGACAGUACCUCGACUCGGAGCUUGUGCCCGGCAUGGUGCCCGACUGCCCAUACUGCCACGCCACGCUGUCGAUCGAUUUGGAAGCUGAGGCGUUGGAACCGCCGCAGAGCUCGAUCCGCAUGAAUGACAGUGGUCGUCAAGGCAUCUUGUCGCGUCUGGACAUGGACAAGUGGCGAUCGAGCACCAAGAUCGAGGCGCUAGUCGAGGAGCUGACGCAAUUACGAAGCGACGACAAGACGAUCAAAUCGCUCGUGUUUUCGCAGUUUGUCAACUUUCUGGACCUGAUCGCGUUCCGUCUUCAGCGCGCGGGCUUCCAAAUCUGCCGAUUGGAGGGCAACAUGUCGCCCGAGGCGCGCAACCGCACGAUCAAGCACUUUAUGGAGAACCCGGGUGUGACGGUGUUUUUGGUGUCGCUCAAGGCAGGGGGUGUAGCGCUCAACUUGACCGAGGCAUCGCGUGUUUACCUGAUGGACCCGUGGUGGAACCCGUCGGUGGAGGUGCAGGCGAUGGACCGCAUCCACCGUCUUGGUCAACAUCGACCGAUCAUUGUGAAGCGCAUGGUGAUUGAGAACAGCAUCGAGUCGCGAAUCAUUGAGCUGCAGAACAAGAAGAGCGCAAUGAUCGAGGCAGCGAUUGGCAAGGAUGAUGGUGCGAUGGGUCGACUGAGCGUGUCUGACCUGCGUUUCCUAUUCACGCUCUAG